AUGAGUAGCCCGAGUCCGAAUCUGUUGCGUGUGAACGAACCUUACAAGCGUUAUGGCUCCAUGCUGUCGUUGGAGGAGAAGUGUGAGCAGUCCUUCUUCCUUUUCUACUAUUACAGGAUGGAGGACGAGGCGGUGCUGGACCGGGGCGCCUCGCUGCUCAAACACAUGUGUGACGAAGAGGAGGUGGAAGGACAUCACACAGUUUACAUCGGCGUGAGGGUCCCCAAGAGCUACAGGAGGAGACGGCGCCACCGACGUAAAAGCGGAAACAAAGACAGAAAAGAGCGAGUGUCGGACAACACUGAAGAAAAGUCUGACACCGAGAACCAGGACCCAGACGAGGCCAGCAACAGCAUCCUCAAGCCACUCAUCUCUCCUGCUGCAGAGAGGAUCCGCUUCAUCCUGGGAGAGGAGGACGAUGGCCCUGCUCCCCCUCAGCUCUUCACCGAGCUGGACGAGCUGCUGUCAGUGGACGGACAGGAGAUGGAGUGGAAGGAGACGGCCAGGUGGAUCAAGUUUGAGGAGAAGGUGGAGAAAGGUGGCGAGCGCUGGAGCAAACCGCACGUGGCCACGCUGUCCCUACACAGUCUGUUCGAGCUUCGGACCUGUAUAGAAAAGGGAACGAUCAUGCUGGAUAUGGAAGCCUCCACUCUGUCUCAGGUUGUGGAGAUGAUCACCGACAACCAAAUCGAGGUGGGACAGCUCAAAGCAGAGCUGAAGGACAAGGUGAUGUAUACGCUGCUACGGAAACACCGGCACCAGACCAAGAAGUCGAACCUGCGCUCUCUGGCCGACAUCGGCAAAACGGUCUCCAGUGCAAGUAGGCUGUUUACCAACCAGGACGCCGCACGCAGUCCACUUGACACCUCCAUGACUUGCUUGUCCAGUCGAAUGUCUAUGGAGGACUUGAACACGCAGAGGAGUUCAAGCAUGGACUGGCUAAACAGCCCCACCACCACACCCCGGAACCUCGCCUCCAGCAGCCUCAAUGACAUUUCGGACAAACCGGAGAAGGACCAGCUGAGGAACAAGUUCAUGAAGAAGUUGCCCAGAGAUGCGGAGGCCUCUAACGUCCUGGUGGGAGAGGUGGACUUUCUGGACGCUCCUUUCGUGGCGUUUGUGCGUCUGCAGCAGGCUGUGAUGCUGGGAGCGCUGACCGAGGUGCCUGUCCCUACAAGGUUUUUAUUCAUUCUUCUUGGACCAAAGGGAAAAGCCAAGUCGUAUCAUGAAAUUGGACGAGCUAUUGCUACGCUAAUGUCUGACGAGAUCUUCCAUGACAUUGCGUACAAGGCCAAGGACAGGGGAGAUCUUUUGGCCGGUAUCGACGAGUUCUUGGAUGAAGUCAUCGUGCUUCCCCCUGGAGAGUGGGACCCGACCAUCCGGAUAGAGCCCCCAAAGAGCCUCCCCUCCUCCGACAAAAGGAAGAACAUGUACUCAGGUGGGGCGGGCGGAGGAGGGGGUCCACAGAUGAACGGAGACAUGCCCCAUGACGGGGGCCACGGAGGAGGACACGAGGUCGGAGACGAGCUCAAGAAGACCGGAAGGUUUUGCGGUGGCCUCAUACUCGAUAUCAAAAGAAAAGCGCCUUUCUUUCUCAGCGAUUUCACAGACGGCUUCAACAUUCAGGCCCUGUCAGCCAUUAUAUUCAUUUAUUUGGGAACCGUGACCAACGCCAUCACCUUCGGGGGUCUCCUGGGGGAUGCAACCAACAACAUGCAGGGAGUCCUUGAGAGCUUUCUGGGCACUGCCAUCAGCGGUGGAGUCUUCUGCUUGUUGGCCGGACAACCUCUUACUAUUCUGAGCAGCACCGGGCCAGUUCUAGUGUUCGAGCGGCUUCUCUACAAGUUCAGCCAAGAUAACUCGUUCGACUACCUGGAGUUCCGGCUGUGGAUCGGUCUCUGGUCGGCGUUCUUCUGUUUCGCCCUGGUGGCCACAGACGCCAGCUUCCUGGUGCAGUAUUUCACCCGCUUCACCGAGGAGGGGUUCGCCAGUCUCAUCAGCUUCAUCUUCAUCUACGACGCCUUCAAGAAGAUGAUCAAGUUGGGACACCGCUACCCGAUCAACCCCGAAUUUAGAUUUGAAUAUGUCACGCACUACGACUGCGCGUGCAUGGCUCCUAUAGUGAUGGAGAACAGAACAAACGUGCUCGGUUCGGAAAGUCUGGAUGGAUCUUCAAUGUGGAUCCUGAAUGGAACAGAACUGCCAAUGAACAGCACCUGGUCGACUCUGACGCGGAGUGAGUGUCUGAAGUACAAGGGGGAGCUGGUGGGAGAGUCCUGCGAUUUCGUCCCGGACGUCACCCUCAUGUCCUUUAUCCUGUUCUUCGGGACCUACACCACCUCCAUGUGUCUAAAGAAGUUUAAGACCAGCCAGUUCUUCCCCACGACGGUGAGGAAACUGAUUAGUGACUUCGCCAUCAUCCUGGCCAUCCUCAUCUUCUGUGGCGUGGACAUGCUGGUCGGAGUGGAGACUCCCAAACUCAUUGUGCCAAGUGAAUUUAAGCCAACCAACCCGAGUCGAGGCUGGUUCGUGCCCUUGUUCGGGGGUAACCCUUGGUGGGUGUACCUGGCCUCUGCCCUGCCGGCUCUCCUGGUCACCAUCCUCCUCUUCAUGGACCAGCAGAUCACCGCAGUCAUCAUCAACAGGAAGGAGCACAAGCUCAAGAAAGGUGCUGGCUAUCACCUGGACCUGUUCUGGGUGGCGCUGCUCCUGGCCGUGUGCUCGUUCAUGGGUCUGCCGUGGUACGUGGCGGCGACGGUCAUCUCCAUCGCUCACAUCGACAGCCUGAAGAUGGAGACGGAGACCUCUGCGCCCGGAGAGCAGCCCAAGUUCCUCGGCGUCAGAGAGCAGCGAGUGACCGGUGUGUGUGUGUUCAUCCUGACGGGGCUGUCUGUGUUCAUGUCUCCCAUUCUGAAGUUCAUCCCGAUGCCUGUGCUGUACGGAGUCUUCCUGUACAUGGGAGUCGCUUCACUCAAUGGAGUUCAGUUCAUGGACCGCCUGAAGCUGCUGCUGAUGCCGGCGAAGCACCAGCCGGACCUGGUCUACCUGCGGCACGUCCCCCUGAGGAAGGUGCACCUGUUCACCUUCAUCCAGGUGCUGUGUCUGGCUCUGCUCUGGAUCCUCAAGUCCACGGUGGCCGCCAUCGUGUUCCCCGUCAUGAUCCUGGCCCUGGUGGCGGUCCGAAAGGCAAUGGACUACAUGUUUUCUCAGCACGAACUGGGCUUUUUGGACGACGUCAUCCCCGAGAAAGACAAGAAGAAGAAGGAGGACGAGAAGAAGAAGCGCGGCAGUAUUGACAGUGACGCGGAAGAGUCCGACUACCCUUACAGUGAGAAUGUUCCCAGCAUUAAAAUCCCCAUGGACAUGAUGGAGCAGGAGCCUUUCUUAGGUGAUAAGGCGUCUGACAGUGAGUAG